ACCGUUAUAGGAAGGAUGGAGGACGAAAGUUCGAAGCUCUCGGUGAAAACAGAACCACUGGACCAAACCCGGGGUCAAACUCCGGUUGAGGAGGCCGGAGAGAGCCAAAAGGAUGGCCCAAUGCUCUCAGAUCAGGCGGAUCAGGUCUCGGGUCACCCGAGCCUGGGAGCAUGCUCUCUGGGGAACUCGGUGGAAGAUUGGGAGGAAGAAUUCACAGAGGACAAGACUCAACCCGUGGACCGCAGGCUUUUGACACCGACUUUCAUGCGGUGGGAUGAGAACCGGGAGGGGAGCAGCAUUGAAUCUGCCUCGAGCAAGGUCGCGCCCUAUAAUAGGGGGAGCCCGAGCAGCUCAAACCCCAGCGAAUAUUUGCAGUCCUCAAGUGGCGGCCAAACCUACAGAGACAGCCCUGGAUCCUACAACAAAUCCCAAACUACUAAUGAAUCUGCCUAUAGCCAAAAGAUCGACAAUCCUGCGCACGUCGCCUACUGGGCUGAGCAAAAGCACCAACUGCCCCUGCCUCUGCUCAACCUCUUGGAGGAGGAGACGCUGGAAAUCCUUACCAAGACUCUGCAGAGUUACCGCAAGGGCAUAGGGAAAGACCACAAGCUGACCCAGCAGCUCCAGAUGCAAGUGGAGAAACUGAGCAAAAACCUGAAGAAACGCAGAUUGCCCACACACUGAGCGCCUCGCGACCCCCUGGGAACCCCACCCUGCCUCUCGAGAGAAAUAAAGGCGCUCUGCCCUCUUGCUCAGCC